AUGAACACGGUGAUGCUGGGAAAGAUGACGCCUCUGGCCGGCGGGCAGUCGAGGGUUUCUCAAGUCCAAAUUGGGGAAAAUGAGUUCAAAACAGAUCAACAGGCUUUGAAACACCUUCUAGACCAGAAGAUCAUGACUCCUAUCCAACAGAAAUGGUUGACAAAAUUGUUGGGGCUUAACUAUGAAAUUCAGUACAAGAGGGGGGCUGAGAACAGAGCUGCUGAUGCCCUUUCAAGGAAGCCUAAUGAGGGUACUGAGGUGUCUGCCAUUACUACCCUGACACCUACUUGGGUUCGACAGAUUCAUGACAGUUAUGAAAUGGAUCCCUUUUUCAAAAAAAAUAGGGAAGCAAAUACCUUAGACCCACAAGCUUAUCCAGAUUUCACUCUUGUGGAUGGGCUGAUAAGGUAUAGAGGAAGGUUAGGUGUAGGCAGUAAUUCCCAAUUAAGGGAAUCACUACUGCAGGCAACUCAUGACUCAGCUUUUGGCGGACACUCAGGCAUUUUGGGUACCUACAUGAGGAUGAAAAGAACCUUCUAUUGGCCAAAUAUGAAAAAAGAUAUUGAAAAAUGGGUUAAAGGGUGUGAUGUCUGUAGCAUGAACAAGGCAGAAAAGGGACCUUACCCUGGGCUGUUGCAGCCAUUACCUAUACCAGACAAAGCAUGGACUCAUGUGUCUAUGGACUUUAUAGAAGGCUUGCCUAAGUCUUGGGGAAAGGAUGUGAUACUUGUUAUUGUUGACAGACUAACAAAGUAUGCACAUUUUGUGGCAUUAGCACACCCAUUCACUGCCAAAUCAGUGGCCAAGACAUUCCUGGACCUGGACACAGUGCACAAGUUACAUGGGUACCCAGUCAGCAUAUUAACUGAUAGAGAUAAGGUUUUUACUAGUGUUUUCUGGAAGGAACUCUUCAAAAUGCUGGGAGUGAAACUAGAGAAACCCUCGGCCCUGACUAGAGAAACUUCAGUCGAGGGUUUCUUAAGUCCAUUUUGUUUAAGUAUUAAGAAUAGAGUCAUCGGAAGGCGAGGAGCUUUUAAGCCAAUCUUGCCUUUCGAAGUUCCUACAUCAACUCGAGCCUUAGGUCAAUUACAUCGAGCCUUGUUGAAAGAUAGUCAGAUCAAUUACAUCGAACCUCGUUGUAGUAAGGGCUUUCCUCUUGCUGCUCUAUCUGCUGCUGGUGGCUCUUUGAGCGCCCCUUUCCCUUCUUUUAUAGGGGAAGAAGAUGUUGGAAAGGCCGCACCUUGA